AUGGCGCCAUCGCGGGUGUCACAACUGGUGCAGGGACCAAAAAUACAGCGUACACGGUCAGUAUACUUAGUUGUGACUUGUUGCGACCCCACUUUCACUGCCUUUUCAUUGGUACCUGACCUGUACAUUCGCAAAUCCACUAAAAUUUCCCCUCCCCAAUAUCCGAUUUCCUUUUUCUUCUUCCCCCUUAACCCUCCGUCUUACUCUUCUCUCUUUCCAUUCCUCUCCAUCCACACAUUUACAAUGGGUUCUAUCGCUCAGUCUGGUACCUUCCUCUUCACCUCCGAGUCAGUCGGUGAGGGUCACCCCGAUAAGAUUGCUGACCAGGUCUCCGAUGCCGUUCUCGAUGCCUGCCUGGCUGAGGACCCCCUCUCCAAGGUUGCUUGCGAGACUGCCACCAAGACCGGUAUGAUCAUGGUCUUCGGUGAGAUUACCACCAACGCUCGUCUGGACUACCAGAAGAUCAUCCGUGGCGCCAUCAAGGACAUCGGUUACGAUGCUUCCGAGAAGGGUUUCGAUUACAAGACCUGCAACGUCUUGGUUGCCAUUGAGCAGCAGUCCCCUGAUAUCGCUCAGGGUCUCCACUACGAGGAGGCUCUUGAGAAGCUCGGUGCUGGUGACCAGGGUAUCAUGUUCGGCUAUGCCACCGAUGAGACCCCUGAGCUCCUGCCCUUGACUGUUAUCCUCUCCCACAAGCUGAACGCUGCCAUGAAGGCCGCCCGUAACGAUGGCACCAUCCCCUGGUUGCUCCCCGAUACCAAGACCCAGGUCACCAUUGAGUACGCUCACGACAACGCACACCGACGAUGUCACCACUGA